GCGGCCGGCCCCCCCGGCCGGCUCCCAUCAGUGGGAUCGGGGCGACCGGGCAGGCCCCUGAGCGGAGCCUUGGGGCGGAGGCCGGGUGGCGCCGCCUCCCGGGCGGGCCGAGAGGCAGCGGGAGGCGGUGGCGGCGGCUGAGGGCGAUGGGGCUCCCCGGCGGGACGCCGCCGGCCCGGCUCUUCCUCGCCCUCUGCGUCUGGAGGCUGGCGCUGCGCCGGGGCGCCGGAGGAACAGAAGAAGUGGUCUUUGGGAAGGUUGGAGGAAGCAUCCUCCUUUUAUGCCGAAAUGUGUCCAGAGAAGCAACAGAGGUGGUCUGGUUCCAAGGGGAUCCGCACUCUUUCCCCCCACUCUUCUCCUCGCGGGUCGCCUUCCCCCCAGAUGUCCGUUUCUCCCUGGUUGACAACAGCUCGCUGCGCAUCACAGAGCUGCGUCUGCAGGACGAAGGCAACUACACCUGCAAGGAAGUGCUAAACAAGACAGACCAUGAGCACAGAGUCCAGCUCCUGGUAGCCGAUCCACCGCAUUCCACCCUGAAGUGCUGGGCUGAGACCUCGUCCUCGGGGCUGAUGCUGCAGCUGUUCUGCAGCUGGCCCGGGGGGUACCCCUACCCCACGCUGCACUGGAGAGAAGAGGGGCACGAUCUGGAGAACUCCAGCUGGGUCAUCAGCUCCACAAGAUCCUCGGACACCCACGUGGAAACCCUGAACAGCUCCCACCUCGCCCACCGCAAAGUCUUCAAGUGUGUUGGGAGCCACGUAGUCGAGCAGGAGGAGCCUGCCUGCUCUGUGGAGAUAAAACUCCCCUCCCUGGAAUCGGACCCCCCGCAGACCUGCUUUGUGGGUGACAACGUGACCCUGACGUGCCGGGUGACCGAGGGCGUGCCGGCGGCGAGGCUGAGCUGGCUGCGGGGCAUCACACAGCCGGAGAUCCAGCCCGGCGGGAGGUACCUCAUCGCCCAGGAGGGCAACGUGUCCCGGCUCACCAUCCGGAACUGCUCCCAGGGCACCGACGGGGGCUGCUACGUCUGCAAGGCGCAGAAUCCCGUGGGGCUGCGGGAGAUGUUCGUCUGCCUGACGGUGAAGCAGCCAACAAACAUCGUUGGAGUCGUGGGCGCAGUGGCGAUCCUGUCCCUGAUAGGUGUUCUCACCAUCUCUGGUCUCAUCUUGUACUACAACCCCCUCCUGUGCCUCAGAGGUGCUGCGUUCAGGAGCCAGGACUCGGGCGACAUCUUAGUGCUGGUGGACUCGGAAGAUGACGAUGAGGGGAAGGGGGAAGAGGACACGGUGAGCGGCUCCACCAAGUACGAGCUGGUCAACGGGAGCAGCGCCCCGGCUGCCUACUUGAGCUGCCUUGCAGGAGGUGACGACGGCGAGCAGCACGGCGAGGUCCCUCUGCAGAAAACGAGAGAAGAGACACGAGGCACAUAAUCUCCGUUCCUUCUCGCGGAAGCACGCAGCUCCAGCUCGAAGCCCUGCCUCAGACAUCCCCACCGCUGUGUGGCUGUGCGCGGGCUGUCAGCGCCCUGCAGCUGCUUCUCAGCGCCCUGCUCCCCUCUGCGCUCCCCUUGCCCAGCUCUCUGUCCUCCCCCAGCCUUGUUCCUCCACUUCUCCUCUCUUCUCGUGUUCCUCUCUGUCUCAGGUAACCUUUUAACAAGGUGGCGCAGGCGCAGAGCUCAGGCACUGGGUCCAGCAGCCCACAUUCACCUCGGUGCCUGCCACAGACUCGAGUACCUGCACGGGGCUCUGGCUCGGUCCCCGUGAGCGGUGUCAGGGCUGCAGGGGACACAGUGGGGCUGCAGCCAAGGGGCAGGGCCCUGGGAUAACAGAAGAAAUAAGUGGUGCAGGGGCAGGGCGUGGGUGAUGCUGACUUUUGGGGGGGCUUGACUGUUUUUGUUAUAAAUAAUUUUUCCCCAA